GAGUUGUCUUACUGCAUGCUAUUUAACAGCUGUAAAAAUGUGGGAGAUGUCCAAGUUGCAGCAAGGAGCAGUCCUCUCUUAGGCUGCCUGCUUGGAAGGGUUUCCCUUGUCGCCAGUGCCUGCCUGGGAAACAACAGAGCAGUGAACCUUGGGUCUUGGCAGGCCACCAAGCAGUUUCUGGAAGAGAUUAACAAGUGGACUGGACAGUACAAUGUGUCUCCGCUUUCCUGGAACGUUGCUGUCAAAUUUCUCAUGGCCCGGAAGUUUGAUGUCCUCAGAGCCAUUGAACUGUUUCAUUCCUACAGGGAAACGAGGCUGAAGGAAGGAAUUGUGAAGCUGAAACCUCAUGAGGAACCUCUGCGCUCUGAGCUGCUCAGCGGAAAGUUCACCAUCCUUAGUGUGCGGGACCCAUCUGGGGCUUCUAUUGCACUCUUCACUGCCAAGUUACACCAUCCGAAUAAAAGUGUCCAACACGUGGUGCUCCAGGCUCUGUUUUACCUGCUAGACAGAGCUGUAGAGAGCUUUGAAACCCAGAGGAAUGGCCUGGUGUUCAUCUAUGAUAUGGCUGGGUCCCAGUACACCAACUUUGAACUGGACCUCAGCAAGAAAAUCCUCAACCUGCUGAAGGGAGCCUUCCCAGCUCGCCUCAAAAAGGUGUUCAUCGUGGGAGCUCCUAUGUGGUUCCGAGUCCCAUACUCCAUCAUCAGCCUCCUGUCUUGGAAGAACCUGUGCCAGGUGUUCCUUUGCCAGGUGGAGCUGGCUGCAUCCUCACUGUCCUCUGCUACCAAUUUCCGUGGCUUCAAGAACUUCCAGGCUUUGCCCAUGCCUCUCUCCCUUCACCUCCAGGUGCAGAUGGUGAAGAUGUCAGAGCUGAAGGAGCACCUACCCAGGGAGUGCCUCCCUGAAUACCUGGGUGGAUCCCUCAGGCUGGACCCUCUCAGCUGGAACUGUCGGUUCCUACCCCAGCAGAAUGGCCACCCAGACCCUCUGGAUGAGCUCAUCUUAGUGCCGCUGGUUUCCCCCAAGGACAAUGGCUCAGUGCAUGUUCCAGGACCAAAGUCCGUGACUGUUCAGGAACUGAUGGACCAUGUGAACCGAAAGCAAAAACGGGGAAUCUAUGAGGAGUAUGAGGACAUCCGGCGUAGAAGCCCUGCAGGGACCUUCAUCUGCUCCUUGGCUCCGUAUAACCAGGAGAAGAAUCGAUAUGGUGAUGUGCCAUGCCUGGACCAAACCCGAGUGAAGCUGACCAAGCAGUUCAGUCGCCCGGAGCUGACAGACUACAUCAAUGCUAGCUUUAUGGAUGGCUACAAGCAAAGGAAUGCUUACAUUGGUACUCAAGGACCCCUGGAAAACACCUAUUGCGACUUCUGGCGCAUGGUUUGGGAGCAAAAUGUUCUGGUGAUUGUCAUGACAACCAGGCUGGAGGAGGGAAACAGGAAGAAGUGUGGCCAAUAUUGGCCCCUGGAGAAAGACUUCCGAGUGUGCUAUGGGACUCUCACUGUCACCAACCUUGGGGUAGAAAACCUGAAUCAUUACAAGAAAACCGUUCUGGAAAUCUAUAAUACCGAGAACAGAGAGCGGCGCCUGGUGUCUCAUUUCCAGUACUUGAGUUGGCCGGACUAUGGCGUCCCCUCAUCAGCUGCCACUCUCAUCGACUUCCUGGGAGCUGUGAAGCAGCAGCAGAGGGUUGCAGUCAGUGCCCUGGGGCCACGUUUCAAAGGUCACCCAGGAGGACCACCAAUAGUGGUCCACUGCAGUGCUGGCAUUGGCCGUACAGGUACGUUCUGCGCACUGGACAUCUGCCUCUCGCAGCUCCAGGACGUGGGCACACUGAACGUACACCAGACAGUGAUGCGGAUGAGAACGCAAAGAGCCUUCAGCAUCCAGACCCCUGAGCAGUACUAUUUCUGCUACACGUCCAUCAUCGAGCAUGCUCAGCGCGAGGGUCUGCUGCCCUCCAACCACACGCGAACAGGCCAGGAGAAGAGCUAAUCGGGACAAGGGGCCCCCACCCCUGAUGGCAAGGACUGGCUCUGUCAAUCACGAUCAGCCCACCUUCCUCAUGACUAGUCCAAAUUCAGCGGAGCCUUUGGGUUGCAACCAUCAGUGAUGCUGAGACAGACUCCUUUGUUGUAAGGCUCCCGUUGUUGACCUUUCUUUGGCUAGCUGGUUAUAACCCGUCUCAGAGUAGCCACUGACUAGCAGCUCAUGUUUCUAAAGUUUAGCACCUGCCAUUGAACUGUGCCUUAUUAAAACCAAAUCGUGGCUGCCACUUGCCAGGGGUAACUAGAGAGGAGUGGGAAGAAGAUUUACUUCUCACCUUGGUGUCUUUAUUUUUUUUCCAUGGGACCACCUGAAAUGCCCAUAGAGAGGGCUUGACUUGAAUAUCCAUCCUAGAAACCAUUUCCAGUACCACCCUUGCCUAGGGUUUAGAAAAGGCAUGUACUUCAGUCUUACCUGCCACUAAGCGUGAGUGUCUGUAUGUAUGUAUGUGUGUAUAUAAUAUAACCUUGAUGUGUUCGGGUCUAUCCUACAUACGUAUUAUAUAGAUACAUAUAUAUGAGCGCGCCUGUCUUUAGCAGCUCACAGGGCUCAGUCUUGUAAUGUUGUCUCACUGCUGUGAUCUCGAGUGACGAGUGAUAGCCUUGCAGUGGUAACAGUGCAACGAUGUUACUGGCUCUUUCCUUUCCUUUCACUCCUUGGACACAACUUUAGGGAUGCAGGCACUCGCCAGGAACCAUGCACACUGGUGUACAGAGCAGGGUGCAUAUCAUACCAGCAUGUUCUUGUUGGACUGGUGCUGUGCAGGGAAUUAGCACUCCUGUGAGCUGGUGAGAUGCUGCCAGGGCCACAUGGCACAUCCUUCUUCCCAGAGGCUCUUAGGGAUUGCUUAACAUGACCUGUCUUGCUAUUGUGUAACUGCUCUCUCUUCCCCUUGCCUGUCUUGCUUUGGUUCAGAGGGGUGGGCCAGUUUUCCCAGGAGCAGGGCAUUGCAGAUUUCCCCGUGACAAAAGGAUGUUGCUGCCCUGGGACAGGCUCCCCCCUGCUUCCAGGGAGGCCAGUUGGUACGAAGUGCUGCAGGGCAGAGGGUGCAAGCUGCUGUCAGAACUACCGGGCUUUCCUUGAUGGCAGUAAUAUUCUGUAGUUGGAGUUUGUGCUUUUCUAGAGUCCCACCCGUCUUGGCCAUACUUCACCGGGGCGAGUGGUGGCAGCUCCUAGCGCCAAGCAAAAGCCAAAACCAUCUGAAGGUAGGGAAAUCAGAAACCUCAGAGUAGCUGGUGUCCCCUUCCUCCACACAGCACCCAGUCUGUCAGGGAUCAGUGCUGAGCCCAUGUCCCACCCCAGCCUUCUUAAGGUGCUGUUGGGAUCUCUAUCUAUCAUGCCCCCCUCUUCCCCGCCCCAGGAGGUGAGGCUGGCAGCUGAGUGGACCUCAGUAAUUUUAUACUGUAAUGAGCUCUUUGAAUGUGUAUAUUCUUAUUUUUACAAUCUUUUUUUGUUUUGUUUUGGGGUUUUUUUUGGUUUUGUAUUUAACAUGAACUUGAUCAGAGCCAGAAAUAACUAUAAAUGUUCCUAUUUGCUCUUGUAUGGUGAUGCAGUUUUUGUAUUGACAUAUAAAUACACCUACAGAUGACCAGUGCUCUUAGCUUCAUUGAAGUAGCAGUUUGGGAACAGAGGGAGGAGGUUGAGAAGGGGACUGUGGACGACAACAGGAGGAGGAGGAGGAGGGGGGUUAACAUCAUGGGCCCAGUGCCCCCAUUUAGACCAAAUACUGGCUUCGUCUCCAGUAGGCAAUGAUGUAAUUGGGAGUCAUAGAUUCAUAGAUGUUAGGGUCGGAAGGGACCUUAAUAGAUCAUCAAGUCUGACCCCCUGCGUAGGCAGGAAAGAGUGCUGGGUUCAGAUGACUCCAGC